AUGAAUACUACUCAGUGGAUUUAUAAGAUUCCUUGCUUUAACAAAAUAUUGAGUAAUGUAAGGUACUUUUCGGACAGAAAAAGGAAAAUUAUGAAUGGUACAGAAUAUAUUAGGAGAAAAACAGGUUAUGGAGGAAGAAUAAGAAGAAAUCGACAAGCUCCAGCAUAUAAAAGAUGA